AAAUUGAAGAGAGGGAAACCCUACUUGUCGGCCAGAAAAAAUGGCAGCUUCUUCAUCUUCCGGCAGCAGCAGCGCCUACGAUGUGCCGUGGGUGGAAAAGUACAGGCCGAACAAGGUCGCGGACAUUGUUGGCAACGAGGAUGCGGUGUCUAGGCUCCAAGUCAUAGCUCGCGAUGGCAACAUGCCCAAUCUCAUCUUAUCAGGUCCUCCUGGAACUGGUAAAACUACUAGUAUCCUAGCACUUGCUCAUGAACUUUUGGGGCCAAAUUAUAAGGAGGCUGUUUUGGAGCUGAAUGCAUCAGAUGAUAGGGGUAUAGAUGUUGUCAGGAACAAGAUAAAAAUGUUUGCUCAGAAGAAGGUGACAUUAUCUCCUGGGAGGCACAAGAUAGUAAUUCUGGAUGAAGCUGACAGCAUGACAUCUGGAGCACAGCAAGCCUUGAGGAGAACAAUGGAAAUAUAUUCAAACUCAACUCGUUUUGCCCUUGCUUGCAAUACAUCUUCAAAAAUUAUUGAGCCCAUUCAGAGCAGAUGUGCCCUUGUUCGAUUUUCAAGGUUAUCUGAUCAAGAGAUACUUGGUCGUCUCAUGGUGGUGGUUGAAGCAGAAAAGGUUCCUUACGUUCCAGAAGGUCUUGAAGCCAUUAUCUUCACUGCUGAUGGGGAUAUGAGACAAGCAUUGAAUAAUUUGCAGGCUACAUUUAGUGGAUUCCGUUUGGUCAACCAGGAGAAUGUUUUUAAGGUCUGUGAUCAACCUCAUCCCCUGCAUGUGAAGAACAUGAUCCGUAAUGUACUUGAUGGGAAAUUUGAUGAUGCUUGUUUGGGUCUGAAACAACUCUAUGAUUUGGGCUAUUCACCCACUGACAUAAUCACAACCCUUUUCCGAGUCAUAAAGAAUCAUGAUAUGGCUGAGUUCUUGAAACUGGAAUUUAUGAAGGAAACCGGGUUUGCACACAUGAGAAUCUGUGAUGGAGUUGGUUCAUAUCUUCAAUUAUGUGGUCUUCUGGCUAAGUUUUCUCGUGUUCGUGAAACAGCUAAAGCAGCUUAAUUUUUAGGUGUUUCCGGGUAAGAAUGGUUUAUGUAAACACUAAUAUCUUUAACUUUUUGAUGCAUCAUGCAUUGGAACUUGCAUAGCUCUCUAGAUAUUGCAGUGUGAACUGCUAAGUGGUAGAACAUCCAUGGAUGAUUUUGGAUCAUGUUAGCAAGAAGAACAGGGCAUAGCCACAUCUUAAAUGAAAUUGGAAGCAUGUU